AUGGCACAUGGAUCCUUGUCUCGCCCGAGUCACCCCAACCCAGCCGAGACGUGCACCCGCACCAGAUAUCCAUCCAUCAGCCAACCCAAUCAGAACUACGGAUGUGUUUUACCGACUCGUCUGCGUGUAUCCAAGCCCGUCUGCGUGUAUCCACGCCAACAUCUGCGUUUGCCCGCUGUCCAAUCCACCUGGCGUCACGAUCAAGUGGCUGCGCAACGUGUAGCCGCGUACGACCGUUGCGAGAUGAUUGCGCUCAUCUGGUCCUUCAAUCCAUCACGGGAUGGCGCACUACAGGCUUACGGCCGUAGAGGGAGCGAACAUCAACUGCACCCUCACGAUCGACACACACACGAGGCAAAUUGGCCAACACCCAUCGCAAAUCAAAAACAUCAGCCUGCAGCUAGUACGCCUUUCGAGGUCGUGGCCGGCGCUACAUUCGCGUAUCUACCAUCCCUCGUUGCUUUGACCAACUGA